UUGUUUUCUGUAUAAUUAUGGUGUCUGUUUGUGUAUGUUUAUUGGUAAAACAGUUGGAUUUAGAAUUUGCUUUUCUAGUUUCUGUUUGGAAGAACAUCAGGUUCUCAGACAUACAGGGUUAUAUCUAAUUACAUAAGCACUUAACAAGUUCUUGAUGUUAAACUUUUCGAGUUCAAAACAGCCUCGAAGAACUUUUCUCAGAAAUUUAGUAAUGUUGAGGUUUUGAAAGAGUGACUUUCUUAGUUAUUUGAUAGGUGUAAGUUUGUUGUUUUUGCUCUAUUCAUGUUAUCUUAUGACAAAAUAGUUUUGUUUUACAGUUGGUUCUGUAAUAUAUAACACACUAAGAGAUUGUUUCUUUCCUGCUAUUGAAUUUAUUUUUAUGAUGAAUUUCCACAUUGUUUUGAUCUGUAGUAACCUAUUUUUGGUGGGGUUAUCUAUUGUUGAUCCAGAAGGGAAAGAAGCAUUUCUUCAUUUUACUUGUCCCUUGAUAAUCCUUUAAAGGCGUCGAGGAUAUUUUCUUUGUCUUCUAUAAUUUAUUAUUGCUUUUAUGAUCAAUAAUUUUUGUUGCAAACUCCAGUACUGGAUAAGAUCGAGAAUUUUGCUCAUACUCUGAUUGUUACUUUGUGCAAUCUUUUCCAUCUGUUUUCUUCUUUUUUGUAAAAGGAAAGAAAAAGAAAAGUAAUAAAGGGAGGUGGGGAAUACGGUGGUCCUGCAUGUGGUUUUAUGCCAACCAACAACCAGGCAUUUUUCUUUUGCACAACCUAUGGUGAUAGAUAUCAAACAAAAAGUUUUGGCAGUAAUUAAAUGAAAAAAUAGCAAUUUGUGUUCUAGUUUAAAAAAAUGAUUUUCUACUUUUCCCUGUAUUAGUUCUCUCAAAAGGAGGCCAUUUUGACUGGUGGAAUUGUCUUGAAGAAAUCACGAGUUAUAAGCAACUGUCAAAUGCUUGUUCUCAUAAUCUGCAUUUUGUGCACUUUCUUCUAUUCAUUAGUCAUAUGUUGCCUCCUAGCUUUUGCACAACUGAUUGGGAACAUAUGGCCAGUCCUGGUGACAGAAGUGAGUGUGGUUGGAUAGAGAGAAUCAAAUCAGAGGGAGCUGUUCCCCUGCUCGAGCCAGAUAAUUGCCCAAAUGGUUGGGCUUCCCCUCCUGGAGACAAGUUCAUGGUUAGAGGACCAGAUUACUUGACAACUAAGGUUAAAAUCCCUGCAGAAGAAUAUCUUCUAAAGCCUCUUGGUUUUGACUGGAUUAAAGGUUCUACUAAGAUUGGGGAGGUUUUGAAAAAUCCAAACAGUCGUGUGAGAAAGGUUAUUGAUAAUGAGUUUCCGCCAGGUGAUAAGCCUUUCAUUUGGGCAUUCAAUCUACAAAUCCCUAGUAAAGAUAAUUAUAGUGCUGUGGCCUAUUUUGUUUCCAAAGGACCAAUUCCAGAAGGAUCUUUGAUGGAUCAGUUCUUGAAAGGGGAUGAUGCGUUUAGAAACUCAAGGCUUAAACUGGUAGCCAACAUUGUCAAAGGUCCCUGGAUUGUAAGAAAGGCAGUUGGAGAGCAGGCUGUAUGCAUAAUUGGUCGUGCCCUUACCUGUAAAUACUGUAUAGCAGAUAAUUUUUUUGAAGUAGAUGUGGAUAUUGGAUCUUCUGUUGUUGCUAGUGCAAUAGUUCAUCUUGCAUUUGGUUACAUUACAAUGCUAACUGUCGACUUAGCUUUUCUCAUUGAAGGUCAGACCGAAUCAGAGCUUCCUGAAAGACUCUUAGGUGCUUUCAGAUUCUCUGACCUGAACCCUGCUUCUGCUUGCUCAUUCGAGCCAUUGUCAUCUGGAAGUGCAGGUAGUUUGCAGUCUUCAUUGCCAACACGUUUAUGGAAGUCUCUUGGACAGGGGUUUUCUCAAUUUCUUCUUCCUGGUGCUCAAGACAAUGGCUCUACCGCCCGCUUACCACAUGCUAAUGGAAAUUCCAAUCAUGAAGACUGUAGUGAAGAUAUAAAGAAAUGGUAA